AACGGCAAAGCUUGGGCGCGAAAGGGCCGGGGAGAGAGAGCGAGCGAGCGAGAGGGCAUCGGAUCGCGUCGUUCGUCGCUGUCUGACGCUUCAUUAAUCCCCUCCGCCUCCUCCUCCUCCCGCCGCCGCCGCUAAUUAACCGCACGCCGAUAGAAAGCCAGCGAGGUUAAACGGCAGCAGCAGCGACGACGGCGACGUCGACGAAAACAACGAACGGCGUAAAGAUGGUGAAAAAGAGAAAAGGAAGGGUCGUGAUCGACUCGGAUAGCGACGACAGCCGCAGCGACGAGAGCAUGGACGCGGAGUGGCUCUCGCUGGCCAAGCGCAAGCGCAGUGAGCCCGAGCAGCAGAGCAGCCCUUCUCCCGUACCUCCGGCUGCCACGCCACAACCGGCGGCGGCAUCGGCGGCGGCGACGGCGGCAAAACGGUCAGACUCCUCCGACUCGGAGACGUCCGACAGCGACUUGGAGUGGACGGUCGGAGGCAACAACGCCAAGAAGAAGGGCAAGGGGAAGAGCGGCAAGAAGUCGAGUAAGAAGACGUCGGCCGUGGCCAAGACAGCGUCGGGGUCCUCCGAGGAGGAGAGUGCAGCGGAGGCGUCCGAGCCGGAGGAAGGGGAGGUGUCGGACUCGGACAGCAGCAGCGACUCGGGCUCGGGUUCGGCGAGCUCGUCCUCGUCGUCCUCAUCGUCGGAAGGGAAGGACCAGUUCCACGAUGGCUACGACGACGACCUGAUGGGCGACGCAGAGGACCGCGCGCGCCUCUCCAAGAUGACGGAGAAGGAGCGCGAGCAGGAGCUUUACAACCGCAUCGAGAAGCGCGAGGUUCUCAAGACGAGAUUCGAGAUCGAGAAGAAACUGAAAGCGAGAAAGAAGAAGGAGAAACGAAAGAAGCACGAGCAUGACCGGGAGCACAGGGAGAAGCAGAGCAAGGUGCAGGAGACACCCGUAAAGGUGAUGUCGCACAGCAAGGAGCGGCGCUCAAAGCGGGACGAGAAACUCGACAAGAAGUCCCAGGCCAUGGAGGAGCUCAAAGCCGAGCGCGAAAAGAAGAAAAACAAGACUGCGGAGCUUCUGGCACGGAAGCAGCGUCUAAACGCGAGCGACGUGUACUCUGACGAUGACGAGGAGGAAGAGGAGGAUGACAAGGCGAGCGAGAAGAGCGACCAAAGCUCCUGCUCGUCGUCCUCCUCCGAUGAGGAGGAAGAGAAGGAGGAGUCGGCGCCCAAGACGACGCUGGUGUCAUCCAAGGACGAGCUCAACCAGAUCCGGCUGUCGCGGCACAAGAUGGAGCGCUGGUGCCACAUGCCGUUCUUCGAGCGCACGGCCAUCGGCUGCUUCGUCCGCAUUGGCAUCGGCAACAACAACGCCAAGCCCGUGUACCGGGUGGCGGAGGUGACGGGCAUGAUGGAGACGGGGAAGAUCUACCAGCUGGGGACGACACGCACCAACAAGGGCCUCCGGUUACGCCACGGCAACCAGGAGCGCGUAUUCCGGCUCGAGUUCGUCUCCAAUCAGGACAUCACCGACAACGAGUUCCAGAAGUGGAAGGAAGCGAUGAUGCUGGGAGGGCUUCAGCUGCCGACCCUGGACGAAAUCAAUAAGAAGCGUCAGGACAUCAAGGUCGCCCACGAUUACAAGUUCAACGACCAGGACGUGGAGCACAUCGUCCAAGAAAAGGAUAAGUUCAGGAAAAACCCUGCCAACUACGCCAUGAAGAAAACUGAGCUGAUGAAGGAUAAGGCGAUGGCGGAGGAGGGUGGAAACGAGGACCGCGCUCGCGAGAUCCAGGACAAGAUGAACGAACUGGAGGAGCGAGCGGAGGCCCUCGAUCGCAUUCGCACAAAGAACAUCUCCGCCAUCAGCUAUAUCAACCAAAGGAAUCGAGAGUGGAACAUUGUGGAGUCGGAAAAAGCCAUGCAGGCAGAGGUUGUAAACAUGAAGAACCAGAAAAUGGACCCGUUCACUCGGAGGCAGUGCAAGCCCACCAUGGUGUCCAAUGCACGUGAUCCAGCCGUGCAGGCCGCGAUCCGGGCUCAGCUCAACGCCAAGUACGGACAGCUGGAGUCAGACAAUCCGAUCGAGAUUGGGCGAGCGUUACUCCUACAACGGGAGGCUGGGUCGGGGGGCGGAGCCAAGGAUUCCUCGGGUGCCAGGGCUCAUGGAGAUGAAUCUGACGACCUCUUCAGGGCCCAUGACUUUGACAUCAAGAUUGACCUCCAAGUCCCAAUGACAGAGUCCAAGUCAAACAGCGGCGUUUCCAAGCCACCUCCCGUGAAAGACGGCGGCCCUCGCCGUUCCCUCAACCUGGAAGAUUACAAGAAACGAAGGGGCCUCAUUUAGCCCCCCCCCCCCCACAUGCACUCCCCACACGUUGAGCCAACAACGUCGAAGAGAAGAUCAUAAUCGUAAUGACAGUGAUAAAAACAAAUAUUCAAAGUCGGUGUCUGCCUACUCAAGAUAAGCAAUGGGGGUGGGGGAGGGCAGCUCUCAACUUCGCUGGUGAUUCUGGUCCAGUGGGGUUGGUGGGCAAACGCCACGUUACCUUGGCAGGGCACAUCGAAAUUAUGUACACUGUUGAACUUGCCAUGAAGUGGACACUGAUGAUCUCCGUAGGGACGAUGGGGGUGAGUUACGGAGGCCCACUGCCCAGUUUUUGAAGUGAUGACCUUCCCGUUACAAGUUUUUGCUCGAGCCACUGUGCCACCCGGCUUGGAUGGUGAUCAUCAUAACGAUGAUUAUUAAUAAUGAGCUGUACCUUAUUCUCCAAAUGUCAACGCCCUGCCUAAUGUGUAUGGUGGAUAAACUUGUUCAUAUUAUAAAGCCUGUAACAUUCUCUUACUUUAAAGUGUGUUUAUUUUUGUUUUGGAUUGUUCUAUUUUGUAGAGAAUUCAAAUUUUUAUGUCAAAAUAGCACCCAUGGGUUAACCUCAUUUGUUUAAUUGUAUUUCUUGUACACAAGGUGUUAAAACAAAAUCUAAGCCUGCAAUAACGGCUCGGAAUUUUUUAUAUAAUUCACAAACUCCGUGCAGUUUUAUACUUAACCUAAGAAGUAUGAACGUCAUCUACAGAGGUUUUGUUCUAUAAUUUGAGUGUGUGUGUGCGCGCCCGCGUGUUUUCCCCGUGUAAAGUCCCCCUUGACUAGUAAGCUUGUAUAAUGUGAUUGCUGUAACACUCUUUGAUUGAUUCUCUAUAUUGUUCUAGUUUUGUGUCUGUGUCUUUACAAUGAGAGGGCGAGUGUGCUUUUUUUUGCGGAAUGGGCAUGUGUAUAUGGGAAACCCGCUCAUACGCACACCACGGGUGGGGAGAGGGGGAAAUGAAAUAUUCGGUGAAGAUGGGAACAUUAUGAUGGCUCUCUCGUCUUCUCUAAGCCACGUACAUAAAACUUGCUCUCUCUCUUUUUUUUUGAAAUAAAAU